AUGGAGCCGUCACCAACCCAUCUGUUGACCGCCCGGCUCAAUCUGAUUCGGCAACACGCUCCAAAACCCGACACUCAAUAACUCGUCUCGCGCUCCUUGUCUGGACUGCCUAUUGGUGUUUCGUUGUGUUAAAAUCAGACGUUGUCAUCUGCGGGCUGAUCAGAUCGAGACUGCGAACAAAGAGCACAGAUCCGAUGGACUAAAAGCCAGCCGAUUCCACCUUAAAUGUAAUUUGUGUCUGUGGUGGAGACCUAGGCGCCAUCUUCGGUCCACCUUAAGCGCACAAUGUGGCCAACGAACGAAAACGAACCAGCCAGGCUUCCGUCCUCAUUCUCCAGCCGGGGAUCGCACUCUGGCUUCCCAGCUUUGACACAGCGUCACUUGUGAAACAGCAGAGGAGGGGUGGUGGGGAGGCAGGGGGGAGAGAAAAGACGCACCCGGGCCAAACCCCACCAGCAAGAGAAGAUGUCCGAACCCAAUAAGUACCGAGAGUGGAUCCUGGAAACAAUCGACUCUCUCCGCUCGAGGAAAGCCCGUCCGGAUCUGGAGAGGAUUUGUCGAAUGGUCCGGAGACGACACGGGUCAGACCCGGACCGAACCAGGACAGAACUGGAAAAACUGAUUCAAGAGCAGACGGUGCUCAAAGUUAGCUACAAGGGGUCCAUCUCGUACCGGAAUGCGGCGAAGGUGCAGCGGAAAAGCAGAAAGAAGAGUGAGUUUACGGCCGCUGGCAGCGGCGGCGCGGAGGCAGCGAGGGAGCGGACCAAACACGACCAUCUGAACAACAACGGCGACAGUGCGCACAGCUUCACCGACCAGGAGGAGGGCGAGGAGGACUCGGAGCCCAGCCCAGACCCCCACACUCAAACACCAGCAAGCACCAGCGACAAGAAGCUGGAGCCUGCCUCAAGCCCGAGUAGCGGAAACGGGCGCCUCAUUUGUGGCGCAACAACGGGCUGCGCUGUCGGGAGCGGCUGCAAAGAGGAGAAAGCAAGUGCACCGAGAGACAAGGGAUUAGGACAGCAGGGGGUGGGGGACUGCCCGUCGCCCGGUCUCGGCCACACAACAAACUCGCACGACGGCGGCGAUGCGAGCGGGAUAACGCCGAGCAGCGCCGACGCGGUUCCUGGAGAAAGAGAGCCGUGUUUGUCAAGAGAUGUCACCCAGAACAAAACUUCCUCUGGGAGCGUCUGCCACCUCCCGCAAGAGCAGCAGAGACCGAAGCAGGCGGUGCCCCUCAAGCCCAAACUUCGAGUCGGAGGAGGGGGCACCGACACAGCGGGGGACCACGCCAACUCCGACCUGGGCGACAGACUGGUGGCUUCUGUUCGCAGCCUGUCGGAGAAAAACAUCCGAGGGGGCUCCGCCGCCGCGGCGACACGAGGCCACAUGAAGCCGCUCGGGCUGAAGGAGAUUCUGGGCUAUCUGAGCAGCCAGGACCGGCUGUCGGAGCAGAAGCUGACCCGGGGCAAAGUCAAAGUGGUCAUGGAGAGAGAGGUGGCGAGGGGCAGACUGCGCAGGACACGCUGCGGGAACAUUACUCUUCCUCUGAGGGGGGUGGUGGCGGCGGAGGAGCCGAUGCCGAAGAAUGCGUCCGCGGACAGACUUGCAAAGAGCGCACUGCAGGACGAGCACACCGGGGAAAAGUCGCCCUCCGCUUCUCUCCGGGAGAAUGAGCCGAUGGAAACAGCCAGGGAGGAGGAAGAGGAGGAAGAGGAGGAGGAGGAUCCCCGGAGUUCUGAUGAGGAGGCGGGAGGACUAUCCCCGGUAGCCAUGACAACCGAACCAGAGCUCAUUGAGAAACCCACAGAAGACGUUGAGGUCCAGACCGCGUCAGAGCAGGAGAGUGAGGGUUGGGCUGCUGGUCUCACUGGGAUGUGCAGGCUUGAUUCCCUCACCAAGACGCCCCACCUACCUGUUCAGGGAGCUUCCCUGUCACAAUGUAACAGCACACACGUGGAGGACAAAGCUGUCGUCUCUGAUCAGCAACACAUGGAGGCACAAAGCCAGAUGCAGGAGGACAGAAUCAACCACACCUCCUCAGACUUUAACAACUUGGAGUCUAAAGCGGAAGUCGGCGUGUCGUCCUGCCUGCUCACGCCCACUGCGUCUCCCAGAGACUCCGGCAUGUCUGAGGAACGAGGGAUAAACGGAGGAGGAGGGUGUAUGAAGUCAGAGGGGGCCAGCGGGGGCCUAGUGGACUGGACAGUGUCUGAUGUGGUCAGUUAUUUCACAACAGCAGGUUUUCCUGAACAGGCUGCUGCCUUCAGGACCCAGGAAAUCGAUGGCAAGUCUCUUCUCCUCAUGCAGCGCAACGAUGUUUUGACUGGCCUGUCAAUCAGACUCGGGCCCGCCCUCAAGAUCUAUGAGCGUCAUGUAAAGGUUCUGCAGAAAACACACUUUGAGGAUGACGACUGUUAAUGACUGUUAUGUCUGUAUCUACAUAUAGCUCAAGUAAUCCUAUAAAAAUGCAUGCAUGAUAUAUACGGUUCACUUUUCAUCUCAUGUCAAACAGCACACAUACACACACACAUGUACACCCACACACACACACACACCCAUGGUCAGACUGCCAGGCUGUUACAGCACUGCAUACUUGCUUAUUAACACCAUGCUAUAAUGUAUUAAACAGGAGACUGAUAAUUGGGUCUCUCUGACUUGUCACACACACACACACACACACACACACACACACACACACACACACACACACACACUUCUGUUUCUUUUCCUCUGGCCCUCUAAACUGUUCUGGUCCAGAAAAGGCGUAACAAAAUGAGACUGAAUGGACAACCAUGAUUUUCUACCAACUGUUGGAGGGAGAAAUCAGACUCGUACAAUUUUAAGAUGCAAAGUUUUAUUUUUUAAAGUAAUGCAUGUUUUCUUUUUUUCUUUACAAUGAUCAAGCACUUUGCCAUUUCUUGACCUGCAGACCUUUAUGCACAUUUUGAAAGAGGUCGUAGUUAUUCUGUGUUAAAGUACAUUUUCUUUCUUUGAAGCUUUAAUUCAAGGGUUUCUCACUUGUGGGUGCGUGUUUGUCACUGUACACUAACUGUAUGUGUGUAAAGGCAUCAUGGAGCAUGUGGAUUGAGCAGAAACAUAUUAGAAAUGGACCAGAUUAAAUACAUUCGCAGAAGCUGGAUGGACCCGCCACAGCCGUCCUGUAUAUAUCAGGAUACAAUCCGGUGCAAACGGUUAAAGCAAUAAGUUGAUAGCUCCUACUAGAUGUUUGAGAGGUUGGUGGAUCUGGUGAGCUCUCAGAUCGACAGGUUCUUUUUGUCUAUCUUAGUGUUUCUGAUGAAAAUGAACGACAUUCAGUUUUUAAAAAAUGUUUAUAAGCAGAGUGUGUGGCAUGAUGUGUUCCGGCCUAUGCAUCAAGGGCCGGUUUACAAGUUAGACUUCAGAAGGACAUCAGAGUUCAUCCGCUUCACAAAGCUUAAGUAGGGACACAUUUGCAAUGAAUUGUGGAUAAAUUACGCAAUUUUUUCCUCUUUUUUCUGUCGUUUAGUGCCACUGGUCAGCAGGUGUCACUGAUUGUUACCAUGGAAAAAUGGCCUUUUAGUUCAGUUACCAGGCAUUCACAUUCAGAUGUUAGGCUUAAAUUAGGCAUUCAAGUAUAGUCUCACUCUACAGUCUGACAUAUCUUUGGGAAACUGGCCUCAGAGUCUGGUGCAGACAUUUUGAUCAUCAAACACGCCAGCUAACUGGUCUGAAAUCAGCAGAACAAUCAAUUUGUGUUGAAAGUGUAAAUGUAUUAAAAAGUCAAACUUUAAAAAACCAAAUGCUGUCAGACGAUCACACAUCUCAGUCCCACCAUCACUCGCGGCAUACAUUCCAGGUUUGGCAUCUCUUUUGUGCAUGCCUUCUCAAAUGACGUUUAUAUUUCUGUAUUCGGCAUAUCGGUUUCAUUUUGUGAGUGUUUUCAAUCCACUCUCCACAUACUGACGGUCACAUCAACGUUUCUCUGUGCAUUCAAACCUUUUCUACCUCUCUCUCCCCUCGUUUUUUCCCAUUUUCUUUGCAACCUCCAUGAACCUAUUUGUAGGUUGUUACACUUAGUCUACGGUGCAUGUUUCGGUGUUCGCUGCCCCUGUUCGCAUUCAGAUCAUUUCAUUGUCAUUAGUUAAAUCUGUAGGAAGGGGACAGCUGUGUUUGAGUCCGGAUUCUCACAAGGGGGAAUGUACAGUGCGUCUACGCCCUUGUUGCGUGUCUGAUUAUAUGUGAAAGGACAAUUUUAGUAAUAAAAGUUUGAAUC